UCACCCCUCCUGGCAUGGCUCGAAAGGACUGGAAAAUCAUCAGAGCACUAUCAGAGAUAAUCGGCUGCUAACUCCCCUACGACACUCUGAAUGAGGUACGAGGGAGGCUGGAAGAGGUCUCACCAAACCUCACUCGUUAUGGAGAUGCAGAAAACGCCAAUUACUUUGCCCAAGCUUCUGAGCUAGCUAAGCUGGCCAACGUGAAGCUGGACUCGAAACCUCUGGAUGUAAAGCAGAAGGAGCUGGAAGACUUCUACAUGACAGAUCCCAUCAGCCGGGCGUCCAGUACCAUGGCCAAGUGCGUCCAGGCUGUCAUCAAGCAGACGCCCAAGCGGCCGGUGCGGAGAGGGGUGAAACCACCACCAGAACGUUCGCAACGGGCGCUAUUUUUCUUCACAUUAAAAAAUCCUUUGCGGAAGUUGUGCAUAGAUAUAGUCGAAUGGAAACCCUUCGAAUGGUUAAUUCUAUUCACAAUUUUCGCGAAUUGCGUGGCACUCGCGGUUUUCACCCCUUACCCCAACAGUGAUUCCAACAUCACAAACGCUCAUUUGGAAAAGAUUGAAUACAUUUUUUUAGUGAUGUUUACAGUAUAAUGCGUAAU